AUGUCCCACACUGCAGCAGUUCCUUAUGUUGUGUUCCAGUGCGCAUGCUUGUCAGUCUUACUCCUGGUAGCUGUUACCGAAAUUAACGCUGGUUGGAUAUAUGGAGGUGGUGGUGGAGGACACGGGGGUGGUGGGGGCGGUGGAUACGGCGGUGGAGGUCACGGAGGCGGAGGCGGAGGUCAUGGAGGCGGCGGCGGAGGCUACGGAGGUGGAGGCCAUGGCGGCGGCGGUUAUGGCGGAGGGGGCCACGGAGGCGGCGGGGGUGGAUACGGCGGAGGUGGCCACGGAGGAGGUGGUGGUGGUGGAUACGGAGGAGGCGGCCAUGGGGGAGGUGGAUACGGUGGUGGCGGUUUCGGCGGCGGUGGUCACGGCGGGGGCGGUGGUGGCCCAACUAUCAUCAAGAUCAUCACUCUAGGAGGAGGCUCCGGUGGUGGUGGUCAUGGAGGCGGUGGAGGCGGAUAUGGAGGUGGUGGUUACGGAGGUGGCGGCGGCGGCGGAAAAGGAGGUGGUGGUGGUGGAUUUGGAGGAGGUGGAAAAGGAGGUUGGUGGUAG